AGGGAAGGCGAUGAAGCUCGAGGAGCCAAGGAGGCGGCGGCGGUGGUCGGGCGAGGACUGGGCGGUUCUCCCGUCGGAGCUCCUCGAUCUCAUCCUCCUCCGCCUCCCGCUGCUGGCCAUCGUCCGAGCACGCAGCGUCUGCAAGAGCUGGAACGACGCCAUCCAAUCGCCGGGCUUUGCUCACAGGAAAGCGCUGCUGGAUCACGAGCUGGGCUGUGUCCCAAAAGGCUGGCUCGUCACUCUCAUCGGGCGUUACAAGAAGAAAUGGGUGUGGCUGUAUGAUCCGCGCUCGGGGCUUCGCCACCAGAUCACGCUCCCGGCCUCGCUCAAGGGGACCUUUUACGAGGCGGUGGUCGUGGGUGGAUUCAUCUUCAUCGAGGCCGGCUGCGUCAACUGCGAUGACAACUUUUCGUCGAGGUACCUGGCCUGGAACCCGAUCACCGGCUUCGUCAAGGAGCUCUUCGUCCCCCAGGCCGGCUGCCUCGCGGUGGUGUCCACGAACCGCAGCCUCAAAGUCUACUCGCUUAAACCCAGCGGCGGUGGUGAAGAGAGCAAGAAGAUCUUGUCCGGCCUGGCGGGGUCGUGGCACAGGGUCGCCUUCCUCACUUACCGGAACCAGUUCUUCUUCGGUACGUACAGCAACGGGCUUGUCUACAGCACUAAGGCCUUCCGUGACAGGACGCUCACGGCACAGGACAUGAUCACUUUGAAAAUCUCGGGAGUGGAGCUUCCGCCGCAGCUGGAGAGGAAGUGCCGGUGGGGGCUCAAGCUUCUCAACUCGGAGGGGAGCUUGCUGCUGCUGGUGGCAUGCACGCCGCUGAGGCGCGAUGGGAACCGAAUGCAAGUGUGGAGGCUCAUCGAUGGCGCUCCUCCGGGGGCGAGGUGGGAGUUUAUCAGUGCGAUGCCGGAGGAGUUUUACGAGCUGGUCUUCCGGGGCAAGGUGACGCAGCACAACUGGAGGUGCGCGGCGGUGGAUCAUCUGGUGUACGUCUCGAGCUCGCACCGCCGGGUGGAGCAGCAGGAAGGGGUGGUGGUGCUGGACUUGAGGACUUCCAGGUGGAGCAACGUGGAGCCGGUUCACCACGAGAGGCAGCAUUGCCCGUGGUCGGCUCCCGCUGCGUUUUAUCCCUCGUUCGCUUCGCUGGACGACUCGGCCAUGCCUCCGCAGCCAAAGUUCUCGCCGGAAGACGUUGGGACAAGCCAGCCGAGGCCGGCGUUUCUUCGAUCAAUGGCGAUAAGAAGAAGAAAAAAGAGUACACAAGUCUUAUCCUGCGAGUUGGAGGUAACCAAAUCGGUUUUGCUUCUAACUGUAAUGCUGCUUUGGCCAGAUGAACCGACUGCCUUUCUUGUCCAAGUGCUCGUUCUCCGUUGCGUCAAUCGGGUCUUGAUCGUCCUCGCCGUGAUUCACUUUAUUUUGCGACCACUGCAAAGAUGUCAGUUCAGUCCACCCUUUUUCUUUCCGGAACAUUUUUUCAUUCCUCUCGGUUCGCGUUUUGUUUACCAUUUCCACGAGUACUUUGUACUUGAGGUCCAUCAAGUUUAGCUUCUCCUUGAGGUUCUUCAUCUCCUGUUCUUGCCUGGCGUACUUGAUGAUCUCCCUCUCCUGUUUGAUCGUCAACAGGUUGCUAUCCAUUUCGAGUCGAGCGGGUUUACCAGUGAGACUUUCUCCUUCCGGAGCCGUAAAACUUCCUCGUGCAUUUUUCCCGCGGUGGGCUCACUCACUGGAGAAACAGGAAGAGAUUCAGCGCAAGAAGCAAAACGAGAAUCGAUUUUUUCCUCCGACCUGGACACCAGUGCCCGUGAGAAUUGCACUGGAACUGCUGGCUGUUGAGAUUGAUCGUGAUCGGCUCGAGAGUGGUGUCCAGUUUCUUGACAUUCAUCACCUCGCUCGGAAUUUGCUGCUGCUGUGGCGAGGAAACUCUCUUUCUCAUCAAAUCUCUGCACAAAAAAUGUAAGAACCAGAGAAUCAAAUCUAUGAAUGAAUGUUACUUGAAGAA